CCCCCCGAGCGGCAGACAUGGUGGAGGCCGACCGCCCGGGGAAGCUCUUCGUCGGCGGGCUCAGCCCCGAAACCGACGAGCCGGCCCUCGAGGCCGCGUUCGGCCCGUACGGCCGCAUCGCCGAGCUGCUCCUGAUGAAGGACCGGGACACCGGCAAGUCCAGGGGCUUCGCCUUCGUCUCCUUCGAGAGCCCGGCAGACGCCAAGGCGGCCGCCAGAGACCUGAACGGCAAGUCCCUGGGUGGGAAGGCCAUCAAGGUGGCCCAGGCCACCAAGCCGGCGUUCGAGGGCGCCCGGCGGGGCCCGCCGCCCGCCCGCAGCCGCGGCCGCCCCGGCGGCCUGCGCGGAGCCCGCGGCGGCCCGCGGCGCCCUCCUGCCCGGGCCGGGCCGGGCGCCGACGGCGGCUACGCGGGCGACCUCGACCCGCGGCCCAGGGCGCCGCUGGCCCCGAAGCGCGGGCCGCCCCCGCCGCGCCGCGCAGGCCCGCCCCCCAAGCGGCCCGCGCCGUCGGGCCCGGCGCGCAGCAGCGGCGGCGGCGGGGUGCGCGGGCGGGGCCGAGACGGCUACGCGGGCCCCCCGCGCCGCAGCCCGGGCCCCCGCGAGGAGGGCUACUCGCCCCGGGGCGGCCCCUGGAGCCGCGUCCCCCGGGGGCCCGGCCCCUCGCCCCGAGCCUACGCCUACCGCGACGACGGCGCCCGCGACGACGGGCCUUGGAGAGGCUACGGCGACCGGGACGGCUACGCGGGCCGCGACGGCGCCUACGCGGACCACGCGGGCGGAGGCCCCUUCCGAGAGCCGGCGGAGAGCUACGGAGACCCGCGCAGCGCCGGGCGGGCGCCCGCCUACGGCGGCGGCCGCUACGGCGAGUCCCGCUGCUGCUCGCCCGACGCCUACGCGGGCGGCCGGGCCGAGCGCUCCUCCGGGGGCCGCGACCGCCUGGGCCGAGCGGACCGCGGGCCGCCGCCCGCCCUGGAGAGGGGAUGGUCGCCGCCGCCGCCGCCGCGCGAUUCCUACCGCCGGUCGGGCCGCAGGGCCCCUCGGGGAGGAGGCCGCCCGGAGAGAGGGGGGCUCCGCAGCAGAUACUGAGCGCCGCCGACCUGCGAGCCACGUCGUCUCGGUAGACGCUGCGGAAGAGAAGCACCUGUCGUGUCGUAACCGCCCGAGGACUCGAGCAAGGAAGAGCUCGUCUUACCCGUUAGGAAUUUCCUGUUAACCACCUCU